AUGAAUAAUCAGCAAAGUUCCUGGACGGCUCCGUUCUACACCGUUCAAUCUCGGUCCCUUGUGAGCGUCGAGCACCCUGGCGUGGUCCGCAAUGUCGACAAGGCGAUCGAGACACUGCAAGGCGACGCGGGAAUCAAAUCUAUAUUGCAUCCGGCAAAGGAUGACACACAGGCGAAUCUGCUCCUGCGGCCUGGAGAUGCCAUGGCUCGACCAGUCCAGUCAACUCUUGUACCAUCAAAUAAUGUCUUGCUCAAAGUCACUGUCCCCAAGAGGACUGGGCGCAAGCGCAAGAUAGGCUCGGAUGAGCCUUUUGCAGACGCACCAGAGUCAGAAGGCACAGAGCCGAGACGACGGACUGCUAAGGAUCUCUUGCGCAGUCUGAGUGACAACCCGUCCAAGUAUAAAAUCGAGACAGUGGGGAGAGUUGAGCGUACUCAUGUUUUCCGAGGUUUGCUGAUUACUUUGAUAUUGUUUCAGGAAACUAAUGCUGAUCUGAUCUUAGGAAUGCCGGAUUUCGUCUUCUCGACCACAGCAAGUUCCUUCGCGAACCGGUUCAAAGACAAGAUCCUUUCGUUCGAUUUCGACAAAAUGAAGCAAUUUGACAUCGAUAUGAGCAAAGGUGCCCUUCGAAAUGCAGAUAUCAUCCCACCACCCUCCUUCAGCCACGGCGAUGUCCCAUUCCACUACGUCUACCGUCAAAACCCAACCGUGAAACAAUCAAUCGGCAAAUCCGGCGAACUAGAAACCUUCAACACCUCAAGCGCCAACAAAGUCCUCACCCAUCUAGUCCCAUACGACAUCGCCGAAGUACCAGCAAAGCCACGUGAGGACCUGGCACCCAUCGAAUCCCUAGACAGAAGCAUGCGCGAAACAAUCGCCAUCGUAAACGCCCUCUACGAAAAACAACCAGCCUGGACCCGCCGCGGCCUCCGCAACAACCUAAAAACAGACGAACAACGCACAAACCUCCGCCACGCAAUCCCAUACAUAGGCUACAUCUUCCGCUCCGGCCCGUGGCGCGACGCAAUCAUCAAAUUAGGCGUCGACCCCCGCACCUCCCCAGAAUACCGCCACUACCAAACUUUCAUGUUCCGUCUACUGGCACGAGAAGCCGAAGUCGCGCGUGAUGGCGCAGGCGGUCGACGCGGCAACGUCCCUCGACCAUCGGAUACCAGAACCCUCGAUAAAGAAAAUCCGUUCCCCGCUUCUGCGGGCCACAUAUUCUCCGGAAAACUGCCAUUCUCGCCCGAUGGCAGGAUCUGGAUGAUUGGGGAUAUCACGGAUCCUCAGAUCCGAGCGGAUUUGUAUCCAGAGAAUCCGGAGCCUGGGUUUUUGCGCACGGAGUGCGAGAUUGUUACGGAUGGGUGGUUUGGUAAUGGUACAAUUGCUAAGGCGAAGACGAUUAUGCGGUCUAAGAUUCAGGCUAUGAUGGAAGGGCGGGAUCCGGAUGAUGCAGAUUAUGUGCGGAUUCUGGAGUUUCCGGCGCAUGUGGACUUGGACAGUGAUUUCUCGGCUUUCACGGUUGAUAUGGAGACUUCGAGUAGUAAGGAGAUCGCUUUGGCUACGGAGGUCCGGUCUUGUAUUCGGAGUGCGCCUUUCUGGAGGGGCCUGACAGGUGACGUUGGGUUGGGUGGGAAGGAGAAGGGAAAAGAGAAGAAGAAAAAUGGCAAGAGUAAGGGAAAGAAUGUUGAGUUUGAGGUUGAUGAUCAGGAUCAGAGUGAAGGUGAGGAAGAAGAAAUUGAACGACAGGAGAUGCUUGCUGCGCAGGUUGCUGCUGCUGCGGAGGCGAGAGAUGCUGCUGAAGAGGAUGCGGCCAAUGGAGAUGGAAACGAGAGCGAUCAUAUGGAUGAGGACGAGGAUGAAUGA